UUUAGUAAUACUAUUAUGGAGCACAACUCAGUGGAACCACUAGUCGAUUCAUUUGCUGCGUGCGAUCCGAAGCUGUGCCGUUGGAAUUUUGAAAAUAUACUGAAUUUCCAUUCUUUUGUUUUGGUUGGCAUGUAGACCUUCACGCGCUUUGUGGAGACUGGCCGCGUGGCCAAAUGCGCCGUUGGAAAAUACAAGGGACGCCUCGUCGCUAUCGUCAAUGUGAUUGACCAGAAUCGGGUGCUCAUCGAUGGCCCCACAACCGGUGUGCCCCGGCAACAGUACCCGGUCAACCAUCUGCAUCUGACCAAGUUCCGGGUUAAGUUCCCGUAUACCGCCAAGACCCGCGUCGUCCGCCAAGCCCUGGAGAAGUUUAACCUCAAGGAGAAGUUUUCUGAAACCAGGUGGCAGGAGCGGGCCGUUGCUAAGGCUAAGCGUUGCAACCUGACCGACUUCGACCGCUUCAAGCUGCGGUUGGCCCGUGCCGAGCGGAAUCGCAUCGUCAGCGCUCAGUACAAGAAGCUGAAGAAGGAGGUGGUGAACAAUGGUAUGUUGUUCGGAAAGCCCGUCAAGGGAACCAAACCCCUGCCCAAGCACCGCAACCCGAUCCCCAAGAAGGCCGGCAAGAAGAAGCGCGUCCGCAAGAGCAAGAAGGCUGCCGCCGCUGCCCCGAAGAAGAAGUAAGGCGGAUGUGUGCUGCUGACUGCGCGUGAGUGUUUACUGAGCGAGCUGUAAACUGCUGAAGAGGAGGGUUUAAAUAUAAAUAAUACUUUAAAAAGUUAAGCCACAA